AACAUCUGGGGUGCGGAGCCCCAACCGUGGCAGCUUUUGGGGCCGGCAGCGCCACGUCCCAGGCUGCGCGGUGCCGACCCCUCAUCCCCUUCUUGCCCCCAGCUGGAGUUCGCCGUGCAGAUGAGCUGCGAGAGCUGCGCCGAGGCCGUGCGGGCGGCGCUGCGGGGAGCCCCAGGCGUGCGGCUGCUGGAGCUGCGGCUGGAGGCGCAGACGGUGCUGGUGGAGGCCGAGGUGGCGGCCGAGCGCGUGCGGGAGCUGCUGGAGGCCUCGGGGCGCCGUGCGGUGCUGAAGGGUAUGGGGGGCACCGAGGACGGCGGCCUGGGCGCGGCGGUGGCCGCUCUGUCCGGCCCCGGCGGGGUGCGGGGCCUGGUGCGGUUCCUGCAGGUGUCCCCGCGGCGCUGCCUGGUGGACGGGGCCAUCGACGGGCUGCAGCCGGGCCCCCACGGGCUGCACGUGCACGAGUUCGGGGACUUGUCCCGCUCCUGCGACAGCUGCGGGGACCAUUUCAACCCUGACGGGGAGUGCCACGGGGGACCCGAGGACGAGCACCGGCACGCCGGGGACCUGGGCAACAUCUGGGCGGACGCCGACGGCCGGGCCGCCUUCCGCAUGGAGGACUCGCGCCUGAAGGUCUGGGACAUCAUCGGGCGCUCGGUGGUGGUGGAUGCGGGCGAGGACGACCUGGGCCGCGGCUCCCACCCGCUGUCACGGGUGACAGGGAACUCGGGGCCGAGGCUGGCCUGCGGCGUGGUGGCGAGGGCGGCCGGGCUCUUCCAGAACCCCAAGCGCGUCUGCAGCUGCGACGGCCGCUCGCUGUGGGACGAGCGUGACCGGGCCGCCCCCGGGGCCCCCCCGGCCCCCGCCCCGCACCUGUAGGGGCUGCGAGGGCCGGGGGGGGCGCGGGGUGGUGUAAAAAUACACAAUUAGAGCGAUUGUGGGAAAAACUGAGCUUGUGUGGAGGCUGUAAAUACGCGGGCUGAGGAGGAACCGAGGGUGAAUUUGUGGGAUGAAGUGUAAUUAUACGAUCUGAGGGGAAACUGAAUUUAUACAAUAAAGUGUAAUUUUGGGAGCUGAGGGGAAACCGAGUGUAAGUUUAUAGGAUGAAGUGUAAGUAUGGGAUCUGAGGGGAAACUGAGUGUAAAUUUAUAGGAUAAGGUAUAAUUAUACGAUCUGAGGAGGAACUGAGUGUGAAUUUGUGGGAUGAAGUGUAGAUCUACGAUCUGAGGGGAAACCGAGUGUAAAUUUAUACAAUAAAGUGUAAGUAUGGGAUCUGAGGGGAAACCGAGUGUAAAUUUAUACAAUAAGGUAUAAUUAUACGAUCUGAGGAGGAACCGAGGGUGAAUUUGUGGGAUGAAGUGUAGAUCUACGAUCUGAGGGGAAACCGAGUGUAAAUUUAUACGAUAAGGUGUAAUUAUGGGAUCUGAGGGGAAAUCAGAGUGCAAAUUUAUAGGAUAAAAUAUAAAUAUGUGAUCUGAGGAGGAACCAGAGUGCGAAUUUAUGGGAUGUAGUUGUACGAUCUGAGGAAAAAUAGAGUGCGAACUUAUAUAAAAAGCAUAAUCACACGAUCUGAGGGGAAACCGAGUGUGAAUUUGUGGAAUAAAGCACAAAUAUACAAUCUGAGGAGAAAGCGGAGUACAAAUUUAUAGAAUAAAAUAUAAUUAUACGAUCUGAGGGGAAACUGACGGCAAAUUUAUAUAAUGAAGUAUAAAUACGUGAUCUGAGGAGAAACCAGAGCACAAAUUUGUAUAAAAGAAUAUAAUUAUACGAUCUGAGCGGAAACCGGGUGUAAAUUUGUAUGAUAAAUAUAUGAUCUGAGGGGAAACUGAGUGAAAAUCUGUAUGAUAAAGUAUAAUUAUGUGAUCUGAGGAGAAACUGGAGUGCAAAUUUAUAUUAAAAAUUAUAAUUGUAGGAUCUGGGGAGAAAGUGGAGUGAAAGUUUAUAUAAUAAAGUGUGAUUGUAUGAUCUGAGGGGAAACUGGAAAGUGUAAAUUUGUAUAAAAAAACGCAACUAUAUGAUUUGAGGAGGGACCAGAGUGCAUAUUUUUAUA